AUGUUCUGGACGCCAAAUACAAAAGAUGAGCAGUUAACGAAGUUAAGUAUUGGCCUAACAAGUAUGAUGUCGAUGACAAUCUUUGUUCAAAUGGUUUCCGAACAAAUCCCACGUACAUCAACAUUUCCUCUGCUUGGAAUUUUUGUGAUUGUUUGUGUGGCGAUCAUCUCCUUUGCCUGCGUCGUUCUCAUCAUGUUUUCUGCUAGACCACGAGAAAAAGAGCGUAAAGUGGAGCACUGGGUACAAGCCGACUUCAAUGGUAUCGAGCGAUUCUGGCUGGCUUACGACCAGGUGUGGAUCCCGGAGAACUCGAUUCUGGAAUGCAGUUCGGUCAGCGAAGCUUGGCCGGAUUAUCGACGUCCGGUACGCGUACAAUCGUCAGGCCGUGUAUUUCUGGAUACACAACAAAUUGUGACGAUAGCAUGUCCAAUGGAUCUUGGCACAUUCCCAUUUGACUCUCAGCUCUGCCCAAUAAACUUCGGCCUCCCGAGCUACAUGGUAAAUCAGGUGUCAAUGACGGGAGAGCUGUUCGAUUUUGACUACAAAUCCACCUCGGGAAUGGGAGAAUGGUCGGUGACAAACAUUACCAUGAUACAGUACCAAAUUCCGAGCGAAAUCUCCCCUAUGGAUGUUGUAAGCGCUUGUGUAGUACGGACCUUUCCAAUGAACAUUUACAGCUACGCUUCGAGAUUCAUC